AUGUCAGCUUCCAAGGAAGACAUCGAAAUGGGAAGCAUGUCGGAUUCGGACGACUCGAGCAUCAUCACCGACUACGAUGAUCCGCACGAGAUUGAGCCGACCAGCUGGCUCGAGAUUGUCUCGAUGUUCACACUUCCCAGUAUCCGCACCGCGCAACUCGCCAAAUUCCCGCUCCUCAUUUUCCUCAUGCUCCUCUAUUGCGCCUACUAUCUGCCGCUGGUUCCCGUCAUUCAGCAAUUCGUCGAUUUGGUCGAUGAGGUUCAGACGACGUCUCAUUGGACCGCUUUCGAGCGCCGAAGCGCUGAUAUCACUUUGGACCUUCUUCAAGAGUACAUGGCUGAUUGUCAGAAGUUGUUCUAUAUUAUGAUGACCAACCCGAUUCUCAUGAUUUUCGUGUUCAUCGACACCAUGGACUGCAAACGCUAUGAAAUUGACGCGAAAUUUUUCGUGGUGCUUUCCAUGGACAUCACCACCUUGCUCUUCGCCAAAGUUGUUCUUCUCGAUUGCAUCAUUGCCACCGAAGUGAUUCCGAGUAUGAUGAACGAGUCGAUGGGAAUGAAUUCGUUGGAGACCGAGUUCAACUGCACUACACAGGGAAUUCCGAGUAUGGAAUACUGUAGUCUCAAAUUCUAUUUGCUGAUGCUUCCGGAUGAUCUCAUGACGCUUAUUAUCACGAUGAUUCAAAUCAACGUGUUCUACACCAUCUAUGCCUUCACUCUGACGUUCCUCGUCCGCCGCUAUUGCAGAUCGGAGUUUCACGACUGCUCGACAUUCAGCAUCAUCGUCGAGAUGCUCAAGAAUCCCGAUGCGGUGCUUGCUCGCAGAUCGGCGUGCUACAUUUAA